AAUCACCAUCAUUACAACAUUCAAGAAGAGACGCCGAAAUCUCCAUCAACAACAACAAUAUAAAGAUAACUGAACAUGCUAAAAGUCCUUCAACUUUUGAUUCGCCGUCGUUUUACUGUGAAAACAAUGUUAUCUUAUACAAAAGUGGUUUAUUUCAACAAAAUAAAGUGGACAUGUGUAUACUUUGUCAAAAAUGUCACGGCGCUCUUUACAAGGAAUCUAUUCCUAAGUUUUCAGCUGCCAAUAAUAUGUGGUUAGGUGAUAUACCUGCUGAAUUACAGGAAUUGACAAUUCCAGAAGAAAAGUUAAUAUCACUUUAUCGUCAUAAUAGCUCAUUAUACUGGCUGAAAAAAUACAAUGUACUUUAUCAAAACGUCAACAUAAAUCUCGAAAAUAUUGCUCAAUUACCUGAAGACGAUGUACCAGAAUGUAUUAUGUCAACAUUAGAACAGAAGUUAGGUGAUGAAGAUAUUCAAUCUGGAAGGACUGGAUAUGCUCCUGAUCCAUUAUCUGAUCCAACAGAACAUACUACUGCAGAUACUAUUCCAAUUAGUAACAGGUGA